AUGGCGCGAAAAAAGCCCCUACGGAUAAAGCUCCAGGACGCCCGAGCCCCCGCCAUUAAAUGGGUGGAGCAGGACAUCGAUCUUAUGGUGCAAUGGUUCUGCAGCCGCAAUAAGAAAGGAGUCGCAGUCAACUAUAAGGUAUGGGCGACGAGUACACAUACGGAUGUGGCGGAAAGAAUACUUAAAGAUACGGGAUUAGUCGAUAAGCCAUUGGUGACAAAGAAGAAGGCCGCUGACAAAAUGGACGCUAUGGUCAAGGACUACAAGGAUAUGAGAAUGAAGGCCGAAGGAUCUGGCUGGGGCACUGAUGCUGGUACUCACAAGACGCAUGAUUUGAACAGCCCGCAUGGCACUACAGUGGGAGACUUCAUUCUCAAGAAGUGCCCAUGGUUCUAUGACUUCGAAGGCGUCUACAACGAUCAUCCCGGCGUCAAUCCUCCGGUCGUUAUUGAAUCUGGGCAGCCCCCACGGCGCAAUGGGCAGGCUGUCGAGGAGACGGAUCUCGGUGGACUUAACGACAAAGAUGCAGAGGGUGACACUGAUAAGGAAGCGUCAGAAGGGCACGAGGAAUCUACAAUUGAGAAAGAGAAAGAGAUUGAUAAAGCGGAAGACUCGGACUCUGGACAUUCAGCUCAUUCUUUGGCUGCAGCGGCCCUAGACAGGACGAAGACAGCGGAGAAGACAAUUAAGAAAAUUAUUCUUCCUCCUCUUUCUCUUUUAGAUAUCGAUAUCUACGACUUUCUUAACGAGCUUACUCCGAAGCUCCUUUCUUAG